AUGUGGUUCCUCUCACAGUGGAGGACCUCCAGGCAGGGGAACAGGGAGAUAUCCAGCUCCUCCAGCCCGUUGUCACGCACGUCCAGCUGGGUCACGUGUCUCAGCAGGUCUGGUUCGUCUGGAACCACCACCCGGAUCUUAUUCAGCCUGAUGGCACAGAGGUCAGAGGUUAGAGGUCUCAUAACUGUACAGUAGGCAGUAUGGCCCGUAGCAUAAUUAAACCUCCAGACGCAGACGUCAGAUCAAAAUCAAUGUCUGUAUGGAUGGAUAUUUGAUUGAGUUCUCAACUAAAGGAAAUUCAAUUUGAAAUCAACUUUGAUGGCCUGUUGUUGUUUUGUGGUUGACACCUGAGUUUAAUUGAAAUGAACACAUUGUUUCAAUAUCUACAAUCUCUAAUAGAUGGCCUGAUAUCUCAUAUAGGAUGUGUGACUUAACAAAGGCGCUAUCACUGUGUAUUCACCAUCAGGGUUACUCAUUAACUGUUAUACACUACCAGUCAAAAGUUUGGACACACCUACUCAUUCAAGGGUUUUUCCUUAUUUUUACAAUUUUUUACAUUGUAGAAUAAUAGUGAAGACAUCAAAACUAUGAAAUGACACAUAUGGAACCAUUUAGUAACCAAAAAAGUGUUAAACAAAUCAAAAUAUAUUUGAUAUUUGAGAUUGUUCAAAUAGCCACUCUUUGCCUUCAUGACAGCUUUGCACACUCUUGGCAUUCUCUCAACCAGCUUCAUGAGGUAGUCACCUGGAAUGCAUUUCAAUUAACAGGUGUGCCUUCUUAAAAGUUAAUUUGUGGAAUGUAUUUCCUUCUUAAUUCGUUUGAGCCAAUCAGUUGUGUUGUGACAAGGUAGGGGGGGGGGGGGGGGUAUACUGAACAUACCCCUAUUUGGUAAAAGACCAAGUCCAUAUUAUGGCAAGAACAGCUCAAAUAAGCAAAGAGAAACGACAGUCCAUCAUUACUUUAAGACAUGAAGGUCAGUCAAUACUGAAUAUUUCAAGAACUUUGAAAGUUUCUUCAAGUGCAGUCGCAAAAACCCUCAAGCGCCAUGAUGAAACUGGCUCUCAUGAGGACCGCCACAGGAAUGGAAGACCCAGAGUUACCUCUGCUGCAGAGGAUAAGUUCAUUAGAGUUACCAGCCUCAGAAAUUGCAGCCCAAAUAAAUGCUCCACAGAGUUCAAGUUACAGACACAUCUCAACAUCAACUGUUCAGAGGGGAUUGUGUGAAUCAGGCCUUCAUGGUCGAAUUGCUGCAAAGACACCACUACUAAAGGCCACCAGUAAGAAGAAGAGACCUGCUUGGGCCAAGAAACACGAGCAAUGGACAUUAGACCGGUGGAAAUGUUUUCCUUUGAUCUGGAGUCCAAAUUUGAGAUUUUUGGUUCAAACCGCCAUGUCUUUGUGAGACUCGGUGUGGGUCAACGGAUUAUCUCUGCAUGUGUAGUUCCCACCGUAAAGCAUGGAGGAGGAGGUGUUAUGGUGUGGGGGUGCUUUGCUGGUGACACUGCCUGUGAUUUAUUUAGAAUUCAAGGCACAAUUAACUAGCAUGGCUACCACAGCAUUCUGCAGCGAUAUGCCAUCCCAUCUGGUUUGGGCUUAGUGGGACUAUAAUUUGUUUUUCAACAGCACAAUGACCCAACACACCUCCAGGCUGUGUAAGGGCUAUUUUACCAAGAAGGACAGUGAUGGAGUGCUCCAUCAGAUGACCUUGCCUCCACAAUCCCCCGACCUCAACCAAAUUGAGAUGGUUUGGGAUGAGUGAAGGAAAAGCAGCCAACAAGUGCUCAGCAUAUGUGGGAACUCCUUCAAGACUGUUGGAAAAGCAUUCCAGGUGAAGCUGGUUGAGAGAAUGCCAAGAGUGUGCAAAGCUGUCAUCAAGGCAAAGGGUGGCUGUUUGAAGAAAUACAAAUAUUAAAUAUAUUUUGAUUUGUUUAACACCUUUUUGGUUACUACAUGAUUCCACAUGUGUUAUUUCAUAGUUUUGAUGUCUUCACUAUUAUUCUACAAUGUAAAGAAUUGUAAAAGAUAAAGGAAAAACACUUGAAUGAGUAGGUGUGUCCAAACCUUUGACUGGUACUGUAGGUGCCAGCUGACCUGACACUUGGCACAUUUAUACAUUUCUGUACAAGACUGGAAAAAGCUGCACCCACCGACAAAAAUAACAGAACAGACCACACCUCACCAUCAUCAUCUCGAUCUACACUCAUGUGUGAUCUUUGGUCCUGAGCUUGAGAACAUGAUGUAGAGGCACUUCAGUUAUUAUCUCCCAACACUGUGAGGAGUGAUGUAUUAACUAGACAAAUAAUGCUAAGUCACUCAAGGUCUGCUCUUUGCCAAGCAGGAGGGAGAACACCGCUAUAGUAAUCAUUACGAGACUUUCCAAGCUGACUCUCUGUUUAGCCUGGUUACAAGCUAACGGUCUGUUUAGCCUGGUUCUGUUCCAUACUGACUGUCUGUUUAGCCUGAUUCUGUGAGAUCAUCUGAUCCUAGAUCUGUGGUUAAAGGCAACAUGUACCUUGACCUCUGUGUCUUUGCCUGUUUAGCCUGGUUCUGUUCCAUGCUGACUGUCUGUUUAGUCCGGUUCUGUCCCAUACUGAUUGUCUGUUUAGCCUGGUUCUGUUUCAUACUGACUGUCUGUUUAGCCUGGUUCUGUUUCAUACUGACUGUCUGUUUAGUCUGGUUCUGUUUCAUACUGACUGUCUGUUUAGUCCGGUUCUGUCCCAUACUGAUUGUCUGUUAAGCCUGGUUCUGUUUCAUACUGACUGUCUGUUUAGCCUGGUUCUGUUUCAUACUGACUGUCUGUUUAGCCUGGUUCUGUUCCAUGCUGACUGUCUGUUUAGCCUGGUUCUGUUUCAUACUGACUGUCUGUUUAGCCUGGUUCUGUUUCAUACUGACUGUCUGUUUAGCCUGGUUCUGUUCCAUGCUGACUGUCUGUUUAGCCUGGUUCUGUUUCAUACUGACUGUCUGUUUAGCCUGGUUCUGUUUCAUACUGACUGUCUGUUUAGCCUGGUUCUGUUUCAUACUGACUGUCUGUUUAGCCUGGUUCUGUUCCAUACUGACUGUCUGUUUAGCCUGGUUCUGUUUCAUACUGACUGUCUGUUUAGCCUGGUUCUGUUUCAUACUGACUGUCUGUUUAGCCUGGUUCUGUUUCAUACUGACUGUCUGUUUAGCCUGGUUCUGUUUCAUACUGACUGUCUGUUUAGCCUGGUUCUGUUUCAUACUGACUGUCUGUUUAGCCUGGUUCUGUUUCAUACUGACUGUCUGUUUAGCCUGGUUCUGUUCCAUGCUGACUGUCUGUUUAGUCUGGUUCUCGACUCAUACAGUAUAGUUUCCUCUCAUUGUUUGAGUUUUGCAAUAGAGAGAUACUGUAACUCCGGUCAAACGUGUCUAGACAUGGAUGGGUUUAUAAGCAUUGUGUGAUUGGAUUGUAACCAAAAUCAGAUUAAAUAUUUCCCACCAGAUGUUUAGACGUGAUUUCGGCUAGGUGUACAUUGUGAUCAGAUCAUAAGAAUGGACGAAAGGCUUGGUGUUUAUCUUGUGACCACGUCUCCAUGCAUCUGCCAUAACUGUACAUGCAGUGGGGAAAAAUGGGACACCAGAUGGUUUGGGCUGGGUGCAAAGCCUGUUACCUACUUGUUAUGAGGAUACACUGUGACUGGAGAUAGGAUCUGAAUAAAGAGUGUCUCUAUCUAGCCGCAUACCGUAGGUCGACAUGUUUGAACCGGAGCAGUCUGAAGCUCUGCAGCACCAGUGUGUCCAGGCUGUUUCCAGCCAUACACAGUCUCUCCAUGGAGGUCAGCCGCUCCAGCACCUGGGGCACGUGGGUAAACUGGUUGAAGGACAGGCCCAGGUAGCCCAGUCUCUGGAGAGAGCCCAGCUCACUGGGUAA